AAAUCGAAUGCAUUCAAGGCUGCAAAACAGCGUGGUAUCAAUAUAAACGUGAGCAGUGGAAAAGCGUUGGCUGACAGCUUGGAUCAUGCUGUGGACGCGAAAAAUCCGAUGCUGAAUCGGUUGCUGCGAAUGCUGACAACCCGGUGUAUGACACAGGCUGUGUACUUCAGUGCUGGUACAAUACCAGUGCCGCAGUAUCAGCACUUUGGUCUGGCCUGUCCAAUCUAUACCCAUUUUACCUCGCCAAUUCGUCGCUACGCUGAUGUGGUUGUGCAUCGACUGUUGGCCGCUUGUAUUGGUGCAGAUGACAUCAAGGCACAGAAACGCACAAUAUGCUGGCCGAGCGUCUGUGCAGUUGAAUGUGUUGACGUAUUUUCAAGGACGAGAAGAGAUGUGCGAAGGAUUUGUCAUGGGUGUGCGAACGAAUGGCAUACAGGUACAGUAUUCGUACCGAAAUAUGGCUUGGAGUCGGUGAUAGUACUACAGCAAGGAAAAGGCACCACAAUUGACAUCGAAGAGUUCUGUGUGCGAAGUGGAGAGCAUGUGAUCAGAGAGCUUGUUAUGGCGAUCGGGCAACGUCGUCGGAUAGCGCUCGAUCUCAUUGAACCAUCCACGAUGCCAGGGUUGUCUGUUGACUUUGAUCUCUCAGAAUCAAUUGGAGUGGGAAUU